AUGGGCGACUACGUGCUAAAAUUUUGUGCAAACGUCCCCAACAAAACCCCUCGAUAUACGAAACAUGGUGGAGGUUCCUGCAUGGGCGCCUUCUCUGGAAGUGGCAUCGGACCGCUUCAUCGCGUGAACGGCAUCAUGGACAAGCACGUCUACAAAGACAUUCUCCAGAACCAGAUGUUGACACACUUGAGAGCCAUGGGUCGUGGGAGUGUUUAUCAACAGGAUAACGAUCCCAACACACUUCACUGUUCGUCAAGGCGAGAAAAUUGACAAGUAAUUCGUAUAAUUUUGAAACUCAGGAUUGGUUCAAGAGCCGUCGGGUCAAUGUCAUGGGGUGGCCAAGUCAAUCUCCGGACCUGAACCCGAUCGAACAUCUCUGGGAAGAGUUGGAGCGACGUUGUGCCAACAAAAGAGCCAAGAAUUGCAACGAGAAGUUUGCUCAACUGCUGUCUGA